CACAACAAACGCGAAAAGUUGCAAUUUCUGGCGCUGGUUUUCCUUGCACUUCGCAGCAACGAAGUAGGCGUGCAGGAAUUUGCGUACGCAGCGACGCCAGCAGCAACAGCAACGCCAGCAGCGAAAAGUGUAGCAACCGAAAUUAGUAGUAGACAAAACGGAGCAGCUGCUUGUGGCAAAAAUGCCGUGCUUAUUAAUUAAUUAACUAAAUUAACAAGUGAAAGGAAAGCCAAAAAGAGAGAUAAUAAUAAAAUAGGUGUAGUCCCAAAUUCAUCACAACAAAAAGAAUCGCUGCCAUUCAAGUUGGCCAGGCUUAAUAUGACAUCAUACGCAAAUGACACAACGGCUACGUCGGCAGCGACAACAGCAGCAGCGACAGCAACAGGAGCAGCAAACGCAACAGCAGCAGCAGCAGUAACAACAAACGCAGCCUCAGCAGCAACGCCAACUACGACUGCAGUCGACAAGCAAAUGUCCAGCAACAACAACAAUAGGAGCAGUCGCUAUGACGAAGAUGAUGGGCAAGAGAAAGCCGACACGACGCCCGAGAAUAUCAAGAAGAUUGCCGAGAUCAUAAGCGACAACGAGAAGGAGCAGGAGAAGCAAAAGGAGCAGGAGAAGGAGAAACAGGCAGCCGAAGCAGAAGCAGCGACGUCAGGGUCAGCUGCGCAGCGACUGCAGCAGCAGCAGCAAGUGCAUGCAUCGAGCUUAAUAGGACUUGGUGCUGCCAUCGAUGAGUCAAACACAAAGUUCUGUUUGGGCAAACCGCCGCCAUCGCCGGCCGAAAAAGCGGCUGUGCUGAGCCGAGCAGCGAAUCAUCAACACAGCAGCAACAGCAGCAGCAGCAGCCACAACAAGAGCAACAACAGCAACAACAACACGGAAAACUCUGCUGCGGAUGAAGACGAUUCGACGGCAUCGAAUUCGACAUCCACCAAACAGGCGCUCUCCUUCACCAUUGAUCAUUUCGAUGCGUCUGCGAAUGAUGCAGCUGUGCAGGCGGCACGCUACAAGACAAUGAUGGAGCGCUUUCAGAGUCGCCACAGACGUGGCGCCUCCAUGUCCAAGCUGGAGAAUGGCGAGCCCAGCAACGAUGAUGCCUCAGUGCCGGCCACGCCUACCAACGAACAAGCAACAGGAGCAGCAGGAGCAGGAGCAGCACCCGCUGUCAAGUUGCGUGUACGCGAACGGAGCGCGUCACGCGUUCGAGACGCCGCCAAGCGGCACAGCUGGUCGCCGCGCAGCUCGAGCACAGCAGCUGGCGUAGCAGCAGUGGCAGAGCCAAAACCAGCAGCCCAAAGGGCCGCAGCCAGCAAGUCCAAGCCAACGCCCAAAGGCACCGCCAAUCUCGUGGCGAAUCGCAGCAAUCAAUUUACGCCCAGAUCGACGGCGAUGCAGUUGGCGCUGCAGCAGGUGGAGCUGCUCUGCCCGCAUCCGCCGCUCGACGACCUAAAGGGGAUGGGGGCGGGCGAGUGUGGGGGUGUGGAUGGCGAGGAUGCUAUCAGCGAGGCUGGCACCUAUACGCUGGAUGGCGACAACUACACCGAGGAGCAAAAGGAUCUCAUGAACAUCGAUCGCAGCGCCAAAUUGCGACCUAAACAGCUGUCGGUCAAGCCAAGCCGGCCGAGCAAUGUGCUCGAGGUCAACUACUAUCACGAGACGCCGCAGCAGGAGCAGAAGGGCAGCAGCAACACGGCCAAUGCCACCGGCGCCUAUCUGCAGCAGCUAAAGUCGCGUGUUGUGCUGCGCCCGGCACCGGCGCAGGCGCCACUAACGCCACCAUCGCCGCCCCGUUCACCGGCGGCCGAUGUGGGCUGCUUUACCAGCGUCACGACCAGCGGUGUGCUGGCCAAACAGCGUGCGUUGGACACGCAUCCCAAGCAGACGCGGCACACGUCGCACAGUCUGUCCACGUCACAGAUCGAUAGCUCCGAGUAUGUGAGCAAUGAGGCCAAGCUGCGGCAUGCCCAGGCCAUGUCGAUGGCGGGCAGCGCCACAGAUCGCCAGAAGGCCGAGUAUCGCUUGAAUGUCUUCACCAGCAGCAACACACAGCAGCAGCAGCAGCAACAGUCGCAUCUGCAUCAUCAGCUGCCCGAGACGCCAACGACGCCCACCACGGAGGCAGUGCGGCUGCAGUCGGCGCCAACCAAGCAGGACUGGAUUCAGGAGUGGGCACGCAAUGCCCGCGCUCGCAGCCUCGCACAGGAUGUCAGCAGCAGCUCGGCCAGCCGCAGGCAGCAACAGCAACAAGCCCAGGCUCAGCUGAUGACACGGAGCUACAACUGCUCGGAUACGGGAGCGGAUUCGCUGACGGACGACAGCCUCAGUUUGUACAGCCAGCAGCAGCGACAAUAUGCAGCGGCUGCCAAACUGAAUCGCAGCCUGGCCGAACGGUAUCGGCUGCUGGGUGACUGUGACUACGCGAGCGAUCCGGCGCUGUGCAGCCAUGGUGGUCCGGGUCUGUUAAGCCAGGGUGAGCCAUAUAAGCCACCAAAGAGCCCCAGUAAGAUACCAUCGCCGCUGCACACGUUGGGGCGUGCGCGCAGUGCCAGCCGCUCGCGACCGGCCUUGGAGCAGAUGCCGUCGCAGACGAAUUCGCGUCGCAGUUCGGUUAAUAAAUCGCCGGCGGCUCAGUGCAGUCCACAGCAUAGUUUGGAGACGACGGCGGCGGGUGGCUAUCGUCGAUCGCCGCUGCAUCGUGCUCUGAUGACCAGCAGCAUCAACGAGGCGCAGCUGCAGCUGCUGACCAGCGGUGAUUAUCUGCUGAAGCAGCUGCAUCGCCGCAAGAACUCUCUGGACGAUGUGGAGCAGCAGCACCACGAGCACGAGUUGCCGGCGUCGCAACUGUGCGGCGGCGGCGGCUCCAUAUCGCCGCUGCGUCGCUCCAGCUCCUUCCAGCAGCAGAAUCGAACGCUGCAAGCGAUGCAGCGGCAGGCGCGACCCAAUUUUCAAAAUCUAUACAUGCCGCCAGCAGCGCGUCACAUGCAACACCAGCAGCAGCAGCAACAGUUGCAGCUGCAACUGAAGAAAUCGGCGAGCAGCAACAAUUUUGAGCAGUCUUCGUACAGCGACUACGACAAUGAGCUGCAAUACUACAUCAACGAUGAGGAUGAGCUGGGCACCACCGGCCCCUACUACUCCAGCGGCGAUGAGGAGGAGUUCGAGCAGCACUUGCAGCACCAGCAGCAGCAGCAACAGUCGACGCACAACAACAACAGCAACAAUAACACGGAAGCAGCUGUGCCGCUGAGCAAUACACGGCUCAACAAGGCGCUUCUGAUGCGCAUCGAGCGCAGUAAACAGCGUGUGGCAGGCAAUGCAGGCAACGCGACACCAGCGAAGCCCAGCUCGGCGCCCGCUGGCAAACUGAGCGCUGCCGCCCAGUCGGCUGCCGGCCUGGUCGCCUGUCCCAAUACGCCGGAGUUGCCGCGUCGUGGCAUCAAGAGUGCCCCGCGUGCCGCCUCCGGUUGUGGUGCAACAAAGAUGCGCCAAUCGAUGCCGCGCGAGACCAGUCUGAGCCGGCUGGCACAGCAGGUGCCCAGCAGUCUGGCCAAUGCCAAGAAGCAGCUGCUGCAGACGGCGAAUGCGAACAGUGUCGGUGGCAGGGAGUCGCAGCAGCAGGCGCGUGUACAGCCCAAGUAUCUGGACAUAUCCAAGUACAAGUCGGCGCAAUCGAAUAGUUUUCUGCGCAAGAACGAUGCGAAGAGCACCCUCAAGCCGGCCGAGCAAAUGAAGCGCAGUCCCAGCGCCUCCUCGAUGGGUCUGACGCGUGGCGACGGCACUCGGGCCAGCAAUCGGAGUGUCCGCUCGAACACCUCGGUGAUGAACAGCAGCACCACAUCGCUGGGCGGUGGCGCCACUGGGUUGCGUGCCUCAUCCGCUGUGCGACGCGAUGCCUCAGUGAACAAACAAAAGGAGGUCGAAAUGGUCAUGUGGAAGCGACGCUCCACCUACGAUCCGAUGAAAGCGGCCGCCGAGGAUCGACGCCGCAAGGAGGAGGCACGCCGUGCCCAGACCACCCAGAACCAGAUCGAUAUGCAUCGCCAGCUGAACGAGGCGGCCAACGAUGGGGCGCCCUUCGAAAGUGUCCAGCGACCGGCCAACAAUAUAACCCUCACGGGCAGCAUAAACUACAGUCCAAGAAACUCAAUGGAAAACGAUGCCUGGACGCUUGGUGAGUCGUCGGAGUUUGGUGAGUAUCCCGACGACUACGAUGACGAUGCGGAGCAGCACGAGGAUGGCGAAUAUAUGGUUGGCCAAGAGUCGGACGAUGUAUUCGAGCCAGAAACAACAGAGGCCACCGGAUAAGGCCGCCAGCAGCAACAACAGCAACAGCAACAACAUGUUAAACCAGCAACAGUGAUAUAUUAUAAUUAACAAUAUUGUAUAUCAUAGCAAGCGCAAUGCGAUCUAGUUAUAUCCACUAUAUUAUUUUGUAAUAACUUUGAGUUUUCGAAAUGUUAAUUCAAUGCAUAAUAUGAUUUUGAAUUUGCAUAUUGUUUAUUGUUUACACAAAACUGAAGUACACACAAAAAACUGGAAGAUCAAACGAAGUCUUUAAUAAAAAUAAUGAGUGAAUAAUGAGUAAAUUGCAAAGUAUAUAAAUACAUAUGUAAAGUCCGAUGAAUAUUAUUUACGAUGCUGUCCAAAAACGCCAUAACUGAAACAAGCAACUAACACAAAAUAUUUUAAAUGAAUUUUCCUGCAUAUACUACAUAAGAUUUUAAAUGAGUAAUACCAUAGAAACUGCAUUCCGAACAGGAAAUAUUAAAUCUGCGCCUAGAUUCAAGUUUGUACUUGUAGUUAUGUAGAACUCAUUUUAAAGAUUAUGCUUAACAACUAAGAAAUACUCAAAUCGAGCACGCUCGGCUUUAUCGAAUAGAGCGUCUGGUCUAGUAACUCCGAUAUGAACGUAGACUGCAACCAAAGUGCUACAAAUGAUAUCCUUAAGAAUACGGAAUUGAAUUAUAAACUGUGCUAAAAACUGAAUACGUUCCGGAUUUGCUUGAUUUCUGCGACUCUGUCCGAGAGGCUCUCAAUAAACACUAGAUUUUGUAUGCGUGCACAAAGUAUAUAUAUAUAUAUAUAUAUAUAUAUACUAUACAAAGAUGUAGUUUUUUAUAUAAGUACGAGAACGAGUAGGGAUUACUUAUGUGGUAUUUGCUUUUAAAUCGACCCAGAAAUGCUUAAGUAUUUUUAACGUUUAAAUUUGAUGAUUGAUCUAUAAUUGCAAACAACAACUAAAAUAAUUAAUAUACUACAAAAUGGUGUCGGUGUCCAUUUUAGCAGCUGCUUGGAACUGAACUCUCCAAGUCACAAAUAGAGCGAGCAGCAACGUGGUUUUAAUAAUUUAUAUACACAAACAAAUAUAUAUUUAUAUAUUUUAAAUUGA